AUGUCAGCCUCCUUGACGAGAUGCUGUCAACGAGCAGUUCCAAAUUUAUUAUCACCUUUAAAUGUUUCAGGCUUGCCUCUUGUCCAGAUUAGGACGGCUAAAAGAGUGAAAGUUGGAACAGGGAGAGGUACCAUGGAUACUGGAAGAGCAAGAAGGAGGAACAGGGGUAUCAAAGUUCAGGAUGGUACAUUUGUUCAUCAAGGUCAAGUUCUUGUGAAGCAGACAGGCCUCCGAUUCUAUCCAGGGGAAAAUGUGGAUAUUUCAAGAAACUACACCAUGUCAGCCAUGUGUGAUGGAAAGGUGAUCGUAUCUUGUGAACGCCUCAAUCCAAAGCCAGACAGUCCACUCUAUGCUCCUGUACAAAAGGGUGUGAUUAUUUACAAAAAAUUCUUUAAUGUCUACCCUAUCCGACUUCAUGGGAAAUUCAGACUAGUUGAUCAAGUAUGAUAAGAUAUAAGCAUGAUAUCUGGCAUGAAAGAAAUUAUGUGAUGUUGAUGCAUUUUUUGAAUGUUAGAAAAUGUUUUGAAAUAACAAUGUUAUCAGCCAUUUGCAAUGACUGUUGAGAGAAUUUCAGUAUGUGUGUUUUCAAUUGUAAAUAAAUUAUUUGUAGAUGUA